CAAAACCCCAGGGCUGAUAGAUAUUUAUUCGCUCUCUAUUCCGUCCAGACGUCAUUCCGCAGCAUUUACACGUCGCGCUCCCAUUUUCUCCCCGUUCUCGUUCCUUCCGUUGGUGUGAAGGGUAGUAGGGCCGAAACUCUCGGCAUCCAUAUCCGGCGGGGAACCCUUGCUGACCGAGUCGUGCCUCUUACGGUGAAGCACGGAUAAUCUCCAUACCAAACUCCCCUCGAUACGUCGAUACGUCGAUACGUCGACACGUUUGAUACUUCUUGAUUCUGGGUCGUGCCAACACUCGAGCUGUCAGAUAAGGAUGGAAGUCGAUCAUGAGCUGGUCGAGGUGGAUGAGUUUGAUGCGCUGGCUAUCGAGGUGAAGCUGUCUCCCACAUCUACAGCUGCCACGGACGAAGUUGAAGCCCGUGCGCUAUGGCCUUUGGUUGCUGAAGCUAGCGGCAAGUACCCAGCCAAGGAGCAUGCAAAGAAGGUUGCCAAAGAGCUCGGUGCCAGAGAUGGACUCAUCUAUCUGCUGGGCCAAGAGUCCCAGCGGUACGAGGACUCGGACAUGGCCCCUGAGUUCCGACAGCGUCGUUACUUCUACUACCUCUCCGGCGCCGGCUUCGCCAACUGCGCCGUGACCUACGAGAUCGCACGCGACUGGCUGAUCCUAUGGAUCCCGUACACGGACCCGCGCCAGGUCCUCUGGUAUGGCACCACCCCGGGCAUCGCCGAGUGCAAGGAGCGGCUGCACGUCGAUGACGUGAGGUACACCUUCAACCUCACCUCGUACCUGCACCGGUACCUCCGCCAGCACCCGCAGACCACCGUCUUCGCCCUCCACCCCGGCCAGACCCCUAAGCUCGACGGCGACGGCGACGGGCCGCCGACUGGCGCGGCCGCGCCGCACAUCGACACGGCCCGCCUACGACCCGCCAUGGACGCGGCCCGGGUCGUCAAGACGGACUACGAGGUCGCCCUGAUCCGGCAGGCCAACGCGGUGACGAGCGCGGCGCACCGUGCGGUGCUGGAGCGCCUGCGGCGGCUGACAAACGAGUGCGAGCUCGAGGCCAUCUUCCAGGCGACGUGCAUGGCCCGCGGGGCCAAGAAGAUGGCCUACCCGGUGAUCGCCGGGUCGGGCACCAACGCGGCGACCCUCCACUACGAGGACAACGACCAGUCGCUGGCGGGCCGGCAGCUCGUCGUCCUGGACGCCGGGUGCGAGUGGGCCUGCUACGCCAGCGACGUGACGCGCACCCUCCCCCUCACGCGCACGCGCACCCGCGACGGCAGGUUGGGGGGCGGCGGCGGCGCCAUGAUCGCCCCGACCCCCGAGGCGGCGGCCAUCUACGCCGUCGUCGAGCGCAUGCAGGACGAGUGCGUCUCGCGCGUGCGGCCCGGCGCGUCGUUCCGGUCGCUGCACGCGCGCGCGUGCGCCGUCGCCGUCGGGGGCCUGCUGCGCCUGGGCCUGCUGCGCGGCGGGACGGCGGGCGAGGUGCUCGCGCUGGGCACCGUCGCGGCCUUCUUCCCGCACGGCCUCGGCCACCACGUCGGGCUCGAGGUCCACGACGUCGCCGGCGGGGAGCCGCUUCUGCUGCCUGCUGCUGCUGCUGCUGCUGCCGGGGGCGGCAGAGGGCUUGGGGGUCUGGGUACACGGGGCCGUGGCGCGGCGGGGAGGAGGGAGUGGGUGUCGCCUGAGAUGGCGGCUGCGCUGUGUCGCGGGGGCGGGACCGCGUCGUCGUCGUCGUCGUUGGGUGGGGGCGGGCGGAGGCUGGAGAAGAAUAUGGUUGUGACGAUCGAACCGGGCAUAUACUUCUGCCGAGAGUACAUCGAGGCCUACUUCCUCACGAACGCGGCACACGCGAAAUACAUCGACAAGGCCGUCUUGGAGAAGUACUACCCCGUCGGCGGGGUGCGUAUCGAAGACGACAUCCUCGUCACGGAGGACGGCUACGAGAACCUGACGACGGCGCCCAAGGGGGACGAGGCACUGAGGAUUAUCAACGGUAGCUAGGCGGCUUAGAGAGUUUACGUGUCUCUCUCAACUCGCUCGCUUCGUUGGUUGGGAGGUCGGGUUUGAGGCUGCGUGUGAGAUGAGAGAGGGUCAUGAGCAAAUUGUGGCAGGAAACGCAUGCUAUCACGCCCAAAUACCAAUUGAACCUCGGCCAGCAGGCGUGGUCUAAGUCAUCACGUAUCUUCAUUUCGGCUAGCCUGAAGUGAGAAGCAAAAAAGAAAGAACAAGACAUAAUGCAUAAUUCAGAACGCCCGCGCCUCUCUCUGUAUAACAUAGACCUUGCAUAGGUAGCAGCCUCGUUUCCCCCCUCGCUUCCGUCUUACAAAUACUUCUUUGGCGACGC